AUUUGGCACAGUACAGGAAAAAAUGUAGGGGGAAAAAAAGUCUGCCUGAGAGUUUGGCCUCCAUUUGAGAACGCUGACUCUGCUUUUUAAGCAGUUUUUGGAGAGCCAGUGUCCGACACCCAGAAGAGCGAAAGAGGGCUGGAAAUCUUUUAGGACGCAUCCGAAAGAAUGAAGACCCGGAUGAAAAUCGUUGUUGGAGUCACCUCGUGCCUUUUGCUGGCUUUGCUUGUGAUGUGCAUUGUGUUAUUUCCUUCAGGAGGUAAGAUGACGUUGGAAAGACUCAAAGCCCGUAACUCUACGCCCGCUCAGCAAGAUCAAGACAAUCUUCACUCUUUAACCUUAGAAGAAUAUCUAGAUGGAAAUUACCAGUACAAAACAUAUUCUCCUUACUGGGUUUCAGGAAAUGAAUAUCUUUACCAGUCUGCAGAAGAUGAUGUUCUUCUGUACAACGCUGAAUCUGGGCAGUCAGUCACUCUUGUGUCUAACAGCACCCUUAGCAAAGUAAAAGCCACCAACUAUGCAUUGUCCGCUGACCAGAAUUUUAUACUGUUGGAAAGCAAUUACUCUAAGCUUUGGAGGUACUCUUAUACAGCAUCAUAUCACAUUUAUGAUCUUAUCCAUGGGGUCUUUGCCAAAGAAUACGAGCUUCCAGACAACAUUCAGUAUAUAUCCUGGUCACCCACUGGACACAAAUUGGCAUAUGUAUAUCAGAAUAAUAUAUAUUUGAAAGAAGAUCCUAGAAAACCUGCUAUUCAAAUAACUACUAAUGGAAAACAGAAUGAGAUAUUUAAUGGAAUUCCAGACUGGGUUUAUGAAGAGGAAAUGCUUGCUGUAAAGUAUGCACUCUGGUGGUCUCCAAAUGGAAAGAACAUGGCAUAUAUUCAGUUCAAUGAUUCAGACAUACCUGUUAUUGAAUACUCGUAUUAUGGUGUGGAUCAGUAUCCUAGAAAAAUAACUAUUCCCUAUCCAAAGGCUGGGGCUAAAAACCCUACGGUUAAAGUGUUUGUCAUAGACACCACGAACCCUGAAGUUUUAGGUCCUAUGGAAGUACCUGCUCCAGCAAUGAUUGCACCAAGCGAUCAUUAUGUUACUUGGAUCACAUGGGUAACAGAUAACCGAAUUGGUGUUCAAUGGCUGAGAAGAGUCCAGAACUUCUCUGUCUUGGCUAUUUGUGACUACAACGACCGUUCCAGAUCCUGGAUAUGCCCAGAGAAUCGGCAGCAUGUAGAAGAAAGCCAGACAGGAUGGGCUGGUGGAUUCUUUGUUUCAGCUCCGUAUUUCACUUCAGAUGCCAUUUCUUAUUACAAAAUUUUUAGUGACAAGAAUGGUUAUAAACAUAUCCAUUAUGUCAAAGACUCUGUGAAAAAUGCAGUACCAAUCACUAGCGGGCCAUGGGAAGCCAUAUACAUUUACAGAGUAACUGAUGACGCAAUAUUCUAUUCAAGCAAUGAAUUUGAAGGCUAUCCAGGGAGAAGGAAUAUUUAUAAAAUUAAUCUUCAAACAGACCCUCCAGUCAAGCAAUGUAUUACUUGCAAUUUAAGAAAAGAAAGAUGCCAGUAUUAUGGAGCAAAAUUUAGUUACAAUGCCAACUAUUAUGCUUUACUGUGUUAUGGUAAAGGUCUACCGACUAUGUCUACCAUUUCUACUCUUUACGACAACAGAUACAACGGAGAGAUUAAAGUUUUGGAAGACAAUAAGCAACUGGAAUUGGAUCUGCAGAAAAUCAGCAUGCCUACAGAGGAAAUUAACAAACUUGAAAUAGACGGUUUCACCAUUUGGUACAAGAUGGUUCUACCUCCAAGGUUUGAUAAAUCCAAGAAGUAUCCUCUUCUCAUACAGGUGUAUGGAGGACCUUGCAGUCAAAAUGUGAAACAUACCUUUGGCAUCACUUGGAUGACCUAUCUUGCCAGCAAUGAAGGGGUUGUGGUGGCCCUUGUGGAUGGCCGAGGAACAGCCUUCCAGGGUGAUAAGAUGCUGUAUGCAGUCUAUCGGAAACUUGGAGUUUAUGAAGUUGGAGAUCAAAUCUCCGCAGUAAGGAAGUUUAUAGACAUGGGAUUUAUUGAUGAGAACAGAAUAGCCAUAUGGGGAUGGAAUUCAACAGUGAUGGCCAGGGCAGAGAACUUCCAUAAUGUGGAUUAUCUUCUCAUCCAUGGAACAGCAGAUGAUAAUGUACAUUUUCAGAACUCUGCGCAGAUCUCCAAAGCCUUAGUCGAUGCACAAGUGGAUUUCCAAGCAAUGUGGUACACUGACCAGAACCAUGCCAUUCCAGGUGCUUCUCUUAAACAUCUUUACAUGCACAUGACUCACUUCCUCAAGCAGUGCUUUUCCCCGGUUUGAAGCAGGCUUCUUCCACUGGCCUUCACUGUUUUCAUAUCAAGGAGAAGAAUUUCUGCUUUUCUAGGCUAAGCAUAUUCUAAAGACUGAAUGUGGGGUUUGCAGAAGACUUGAUGAUCACCUCUCUCAUUGACGUAAACAUACCAGUUUGUGUCGCAGGGUGUUUGCUAGGUGGAAAAUAAAUGAUAAAAUAAAGCCAAAUUUCAAAAGGCUGUGCAUAUUUCAUUUCCCUUCCCCCUUUAAAGUCCAAUCUAAGUGCUCACAUCUCUUUUGGAAAUGUCAUGUUACCCAAAGUGCUGGGGUCUGCCCCCUUUAGAAUGGGGGAAUCAGCAAGGAUAAAUGUUGCUUAACAAGAGGCUGGAUAAGUUUACAAGAUCUUUUCCACCUGUGUAUGCCUUUUUCUCCUUAGAAAUCCGUAGGAUUUAACAAUUUUAUUAUAAAAAGUAAAAUAAUAAAAAUACAAGCACACAAAUGGUCAAAGCACACAGAGAAAUCACACAGUUCUAGGUUAUAGAUAGCAUUGAGGGUGUAUAGGUCUGAGAUAGAAUGGGAUUUUGGGGGAAAAGUAGGUGAUAAUUACCUUAUCCUGAAGAAGAGAUCCCAAAAGUCUUCACUGAACUCCAAGCUUCUGAUAAGGUGUUAGUUGAGUGUCAUGCUCCCACAGAAGCCUUUAUUAUUUUCUCUAUUUAAGUACCAGUUACCCCUAUAGCUAGCAUGGUUUAGUUCUCUGUAUAGUCUUCAAAGGGAGGGAAUUUUAGUAAGCCCCUGUCCCUUUAAGAAGUUUCCCAAGAGGCAGUCUCCCAAGAGGCAGUGAAAGCAGAUGACAUGCAGCACAACUGAACCAGAGGUUCAGUAAAUCCUGGGCACUGACUAUAGGGGGGACAGCUAAUCUAUAGGGAAGAUCAGACCCUCUACACAUUUUAAGAGAGCUUAAUCUUUCCAGGGCAAAGAUAGCUCUUGUCUUCUUGGAGAAAAACAAGAGGAGGACACUUAAGUUAAGUGGUGGAUACUUAAACUUAAUGUUUGGCACGCAGACUUAAUGUUCUAAGUCUGGGGAGUACUGGAGAAAACUAAGUUUUUAGAAUGAAGCUGAUUUAAUAACAGCUUUGGGACAAUGCCAGUGUAAAUCAAGAUAUUCUUUGGAGGAGCUAGGAAACUAGAAGAUGAGAUUAGUACUUGGGAGAAUUCUGAACUUAUGGAUGACACUGAGCCAAUGUGGAGGAUGGUACUCCAUCUUAGCACCGCAUUCCUGGGCCACCUCAUAAGGUUGGCGGAAUAGGUAGGGGCACUGCAGUCUAAAAACAGCCCCUCACGCUGUAUGUAGGAGUUUCAUGGCAGCCUCAAGCACUACCAGUUGGGGCACUGCCUGUAGGAAAGGAGGUUAUCUCCUAGAAGGCAAACACCUGAGGGUGAUUAAUGGCUAACCUAACAAGCAACAGCUGUGGGCUAGAAAGAUCAGAUAACUGAGGAGGACAUCAAGGCUUGGGAUCCUCUUUGCUAAAAUGUGCUCAGAGGUUUGGCUUCUUAAGGACUAUUAUCCAGUCUCUCUUGAUCACCUAAAGAGACUUCCUUUGGUUCCUGAAUAAAAAAAAGCUAUUGGAC